AUUAACUUGUGGACAUCAGCUGGCACUUUUCUCUUCUUCUUGGCUGAAGCUAAUGUAUGUCAUUGAGCGGAAUCGUCGCGGAUCUACAGACACGUCUGUCCCGAGCUUCCUGUCUGAGUAAGAAGCUGAAGUUGAGCUUUUUGAGAGAUGAGGGCUCUAACUUUGCAGCAGACGCACACUGGAGAGCAACACCACCAGCUGCCUUCAUGUGGGAGAAGCUUGGCCUCCAGUUAUUCUCCUCCUAGUCUAGAGAAUAAGUUUUUAUCCCAGACCUCCGUGAUGAAGCCUCCGUCUGAGCUCCUAAGCACCACGGCGCCGGCUUCCUACGUUUCCUCUCUCCAGCCGUCCAAACUGUCCUCCACCUCAUCCUCCCUUCUCUCCGCCUCUUACUCCACUGCUUCACCUCUCCUCAGCACCCAAAACAAGCUCCUAGCUACUGCAUCGCCCAGCCUUUGCGUCUCCUCGACCCCGUCUGCUCCUGAUAACUCUCUGUUCUCCACCACCCUGGCCAGUGGUUCUCUCCUCAACCGCUUUGCCCGGCCUUCUUCGUUCCUGCUUCCUGAUCUGAACGAGGAACAGAAACGGGCCGACGGAGGAGACAUUGAAGAUGACGACGAGGAGAUCUCUGAAGAGAUGCAGUCCUCGUUUGAAGAAACAAGCAUGCAGCAGCCUGAUGAAGGUUGCUUCUUGUCUGAAGAAGAGAAGGACGAAGAGGAGGUCGAUGCGGACCCCAUCGUGGAGUUACCGGUGCUGGAAACAGAAACGAGCAGCCAAGAACUUGACACCUCUGCAGUCGUUGGGCAGGAAGAGUUUGCUGAACUCGACACUGGAGAUAAAAAGGCUGAAGAGGAGCUGAAAGAUAAAAAGUAUUUCCUGCUGAACGCUGUGUGCUGCUCUCUGGUUAAUAAGAGCAAAGCUCCGGGUCAGCAGGACUGGGACUCCGAGGACAGCGUUUGGACCUCCGUCAAAACCCUGGCCAAGGACAUCUCUGAGCGUGACCCGCAGUUUCUUCUGAAGGUUGCCGUUUACACCAGACAAGAGCUGAACAUCCGGAUCACAGCUAACUUCCUGGUGGCUCUGGCUGCCAGCUUGCCGUCCACCAAGCCACAUGUCCGCAGAUAUUUCUGCGCCGCGGUCCAGCUGCCGUCCGACUGGUUGGAGGUGGUCCGAAUCUACAGCACCUGCUUCAGCCGCUCUCUGCCGGCGUGUCUCAAGAAGGCGAUGGUUGACAAGUUCAAGGAAUUCAGCGAGUAUCAGCUGGCCAAAUACAACACACGCAAACACCGCUGUAAACACAGCCGCAAGAAGCCGAAAGGAAAGAAACACACUGAAGCUCAGCUCCAACAGUGGGCCAACCUGCUCAGAGCUGACCCGUCGCAUCUGGAGAAGUUGCUGCAGAGCGAUGGCGACCGAGCAGCGGUGGAUAAAAAACAGAGUGAGUUCAGUCUGAAGAAGCUGAUCCAGAAGCUGCACAUCAAAGAACCAGCAGAACUCGUCAUGGCAAUUCUGGGAAGAAGCUUCUGCGUCGCAGCAGGCUAUCCCCUCUGGGUCUGCGAUCCUGGUCAACAUCCUGCAGAAGAUCCCAAAGAGCAGGCGCUUCAAGAAUCUGAUGUGGGAGACGACUGCGAAGAGGAGGCUGAAGACGUCGCUCCGUGUGCCCUUGAUUUAUCGACUGUACAAAAUGAGGAAGGCGCAACUUGUAAAAGCCAAUCAGAGGCUGUACACGAUUGAUCUGUUGGACCGGUACCGAGAAGCUCUGGAGACGGCGGUUCAGAUCUCCUGUCGCUACAAUGUGCCCCCCCUCCCUGGAAAAACCAUCAUCAUGCUCAGCUGUAACAUCAGAGAGGACGAGUCCUGGAGCAAGAAGCAGGACUUCUGUCUCCCUGUAGACCCGGUUCAACAAGACCAGGAGGACAAAAAAGAGGAGAAAGAACCUGAGACCAUUUCUCAGAGGUGGAAAAAGAAGCAGGACGAAGACCGUGACCGCCUCACUCCCACUAGGAUGGAGGUAGCAGCUCUGCUCGCUCUGAUGAUCAGCAGCAGCGCAGAGGAUCAUCAGCUCUGCUUGAACAGCUACAGCCACAGUAAGGAGGUCCAGCUGAAGUCCAACGUCCUUUUGGACAACGUUAAAAGUCUGAUGAAGGAAGUGAAGGCAUUUAACGAAAAUUCAGAUGAAUGUGAUGUUGAUAUGUAUUACAAAAUAUUCUCCAAGAAAAACAAGGUUGACAACAUUAUCGUGCUGGCUGAAUGGCUUGACAGCUCAUUGAUGUGGGCCAUCGACAACUACAAGAAAGAAGCAAACAGCAAAGCUCUGACAGCUUAUGUCUUAUUUUCAGACAGCAACAGCAUUAUCGCAGACAAGUCGUCGGACAGGAACUGCGUAGUCCUGAAAAGUUUCAGUGAGCAGACACUGAGAUUUAUAGCAGAGCGUGGAUCUUCCAGGCUGCUGGAUCACGUGGAGCAUCUGGACAAAAUGUACAACAUCAAACCUGAUGGUGCUAAAGAACUACAACCUGCUAACAAACUUGUUUCAAUGCCACCCAGCCCUAAAUUAAGGUGGCGAGGUGUUCGAGUGUUCAUCUCCUCCACCUUCAGAGACAUGCACGCUGAGCGUGACGUUCUGGUUCGCAGCGUCUUCCCGGAGCUCCGCCGUCGCGCUGCGGCACACUGCCUCCACCUGCAGGAGGUGGAGCUGCGCUGGGGCGUGACGGAGGAGGAGUCAGAGCGAGCCGCCCAGCUGUGUCUGUCAGAGGUGUGUCGCAGCCAGAUGCUGGUGGGGAUCCUGGGGGAAAGGUACGGCCAGGUGCCCCCCAGACCUGUCCUCCCUGACCUGCCGCAGUACAGCUGGCUGGCUUCGGCUCCGGCUGGUCUGUCCAUCACAGAAAUGGAGAUCCGUCAGUUCCACGCUCUUUAUCCCGACUCGGUGCAGCAGCGAAUGUUCUGCUACUUCAGAGAUCCAAACGUCAGCAAAUCGAUUCCUGUAGCUUGGAGAUCAGAUUUUGCUGCAGAAUCAAAAGAGGCCGAGGAUAAAUUGACGUCUCUGAAGAGAAGACUUUUGGACUGCGAAGUCAAAAUCACUGAAAAUUAUUUGUGUGAGUGGGGAGGCGUUGUGGAAGGAAAGCCAUAUCUGAAAAACCUGGAGGAGUUUGCCAAAGCUGUGCUGGAGGAUCUCUGGGUGGCUGUGCAGAAGCAGUUCCUGGAGGAAGGCGAAGAGGCCGAGGCUGCUUCUGAGCUGUUGGAGCAGGAAGUGCACCAGGGGGCCCUGCAGAGGCAGUUCUUCGGCAGGGCCAAGCUGCUGUCCUCUGCUGUGGAGAUGGUGGAGAACGUUCAAACCAAAGGAGGGAUGGUGGUGAUAGAAUGUGGAGCUGGAGAGGGAAAAACAGUCUUUAUGGCUGCUCUUGCAGACGCACUCAGAACUGGAGGAAAGUCAAAAAGAGACCGCCGCUGUGACAUCAUCUCCUACUCUACAGCUGCCAGCCAAUCAGCACGUUCGGUCGAAAACCUCCUUCGGUGCCUCAUACAGUGGCUGAGAAAAAUAAAAGACACUGAAGAAGAAUUGCCUCUUCCACACACGUACAAAGACCUGCUGGAAGAGUUUCACUCUACACUGAAAGAAAUGAAGAAACCUCUGGUGGUGCUGGUUGACGGGGUGGAUCUCCUUCAAGACGGCAGAGGACAGCUCAGCUCUGAUUGGAUCCCUCAGCUCCUUCCACAAGGUGUGUGUUUGGUGCUGAGCAUCGGGACCAAGGCAGCUCUGUUGAAAACUCUGACCAUGAAAAGCGGGACGCUCCUGUUUUCUCUGGGACAGCUCACCAUGCUGGACCGCAAGGAGAUCGUUCAGAAGGAACUGGACGUCUUUGGGAAGAAGCUCAGCGACUCGGCGUUCAACAACCAGCUCCAGACUUUGAUAACAAAGAAAGGCGCGGCGAGUCCUCUCUAUCUGCACCUGGCUUGUGAAGACCUGAGGAACUUCGCCUCCUUUGACAAGCUGAAGGAGAACCUGCUGAGUUUGCCUCAGUCUCUGAGCCAACUGGUCCAGUUCAGCCUGGAGAGACUCUGCUCCCAGUACAGAGGCAUGCUGGGAAUCCGCUUGGCCCUCGCUGCCCUUACCAUCAGCCCAACAGGCUUGAAGGAGAGAGAUUUGUACUCUGUUCUGAACACAUGUAACGAUCUGUCUUCACGAGAUGGGCAGUUCACCUGGGAGGAAGUGCUGCAGCUCUCCAGAAAACCCAAAGGACGUGUCCCCAUGGCAGUUUUUGCACAUAUUGUGCAGAGUUUACAAAGUCUGGUUGGUCCGUCUCACUGCCACGACACAGACGACCUGCUAACCCUGAGCAACCCAGAGGUGAAGCGAGCCUUUGAGGACUUUCUCCUCCCGACAGAGAGCGACAGAACCCGUGCACACCUCGUUCUGGCAGGUCAUCUGUGGGCGAUGGCCGACCCUCGGGGCAAAGACACUUUCCUUCACUGCGAGGCCAACUCGCUCAUGCAUCUGCCUUCCAGCCUGCUUGGAAGUGGGCAGCUGAAGGCGCUUCGGUCUCUGCUGUCUAACUUUUAUUUCCUGCACGCCAGCGUGAGCCACGGCCUCCUGCAUCACCUCCUGGAGACGUACAGCUUCUAUGAAAAGGAGCAAACAUCUUCCUCUUCUUUCGAGCCCCAGAGUCGUCUGGAAGACUGUCGUGGUUUCCUGCAGCGCCACGCCUCCUUGCUCUCUGCUUGGCCGGCUCUUUUCGUCCAGCAGGCGCUCGACGAGCCGGCGGAGACCUCGGCUCACGUCUGGGCUGAAGGUCUGAUGAGAAGAGGAGGCGUUCGGGUCGUUGAGUGUCUGAACAAAGACAAAAAAAACAGUCAAGAAUACAGCCAGCUGGUGUCAUCCUUCCCCUCUGAACCGACCUGCGUGGUCAUGAGUUUGGACAAGCGGCUGAUGGUUGUCGGAACCGGAGAGGGAACGCUGCACGUUCUUCACACGCAGACCGGGCAGGAAGUGAAGACGUUGAUGAGCAGCUGUGACGGCGUCUCCAGUUGCGUCUUCCUGAACGACGGACGGCUCGCCUCCACCUCCUUCAUUGGGCAAAUAGAGGUCUGGGAUGUUGAGAACGGCUGCAGGGCUGCGCUCAUUGACGGCCACUCUAAUGCCAUAACAGCGAGCGAUGUCACCCCAGACAGGAAACACCUCGCAACCGUGUCUCUUGACUUCAAACUGAAAGUGUGGUCCUCUGCUAAAGGUCAUGAAGUGGCCUCUGUGCCCUGCACCAGCCCUUUGAACUGUGUGACCUUUGACCCCGAGGGUCACUUGCUGGCUGCCGGCUGCUGGAACGGACAAAUUGUGGUGUGGAACUGGCUCCAGAAUAAAGCAUUAACUUCCCUGUGCGGUCACCAGCGAUCGGUGCGCAGCCUCUCCUUCUCCCCCUCCUCCAUGCUCUGCUCCGGCUCGGUGUCCGGUGAGGUGAGGGUGUGGUCGGUGCUCACCUCCACCUGCGUGGGAUGUUUCCAGGCUCACGACGGAGCCACCGAGGCCCUCGCCUUCCUGAAUGAAGGAGCCAUGCUUCUGAGCGCCGGCUCCGACCACACGCUCCAGCUCUGGUCAGGAGGACUCGGUCGUUUAGUCACCACUUUAAAAAGUGACGAAUGCGAUCCAGAUCCUCCUCGGAAGAAGCUGAAGACUGAAGCGUCCGACACUCCCGCUCUCUGCGUGGCGGUAAAUGGAGACUACGCCGCUGUGGGUUACCAUGGUGACGGCAUCAAGCUAUUCAGUCUGGAGUCGGGUGAGAAGAUCUGGUUCACCUCGGACCUCAAAGUGUCCAUCCACUGCCUGCUGUGGGUCUCUGUGGACUCUGAGCAGAACGAGCCGGAGCUGCUGGUUUCUGGAGGGAGCGACAAACGUUUGAGGCUGUGGAAGAAAACGGAAGGAGAGGAGGGAGUGAUGGGGGGCCUGAUGAGUCUGGGAGAGUUUGGGGUGCAGACGGACACCGUCCUGGCUCUGGUGCAGAACUCCACAUUUCUGGCUGCAGCUUCAGAUGAUUUCUCCAUCGUGCUGUGGUCGCUGAAGGAUCUGACUCUUAACUUGUCGACUGCCGCGCACGAGGUGCUGAGGGGCCACAGAGGAGGGGUCACCUGUUUGGCUUUUAGCCCUGAUGGUGCACAGCUGCUGUCGGGUGCAAAGGACCAGGCUCUGAUGGUUUGGGAUGUCGGCUCCUCUCCUGCUGCUCUUUCUAAAUCGCUCCUCCACGCUCACAGAGACUGGAUCACCGGCUGCGUGUGGACCUCUGACUGUGUUAUAAGCUCUUCUAAUGAUGGGAAGCUUUGUCUGUGGAACCUGGAGGCAGGUUUGUGUCUCAACGAAAUCCACUGGAGGGAUCCUCUGACCUCCGUCUGCUGUCUGGAUCAGUACGUGAUCGCCGGUAGCUCGGAAGGCGCUCUGCAUGUUUGGGAUUGGAAAACGAGCGCAGAAAUCUGCCACAUAGCUGCUCACAAGCAGCGAAUACACCACUGCUGUGUCCUCCCAAACACCGAUGAGACAAAAGAAACAAAACCAGGGGAACUGACUGUUUUCACAGCGUCCGACGAUGGAACUGUGCAGCUCUGGAAACCUUUGCAGGUGGAGCACUUCAGCACCUUCCAGGGACACAGCGGCCCGGUUCACGGAGUCGCUGUUAAAACGGGCAUCCCAGAAUUCCUCACCGUCUCCGAAGACCGCUCAAUGAGGUGUUGGACCUGGACGACAGAGAAUGCUAAGAAUCUAAAAGGCGCUAUUUCAGCUCUGUGUCUCUCUGAGACGGAGGAUUUGCUGCUGGCCGGUUAUGAGUCUGGUUUGCUGGAGUUGUGGCAGCACAAUGCAAUCGUUGGCCACAAGCAGACGUCGGGCAGACCGGUCGCGGCAGCCUGUUGGAUGCCUGACGGGCAGUUCGCUGUCAGCUACCUGAACCACACGGUUGUUGACGUGUGGAAGCGGGUGUGGAACCAACAACGCAGUAAAGCAAGCCUGGUGAAGGUGACGGCGUUCAAAAUUAAAAGCCCGGUGGCUCGGCUUUUUUACUGCUCAGUUCUGCUCGGUGUGACCAACUCGGGAAUGCUCUGUGUCGUGUCGACAGCCGACGAGGACGACUACAAUCAAGUAAACAGCGACUGGACGGAGCGGGUCCGUUUUCGUGGCGUUGUUCGGAACGAUGAGAAGAGCCUGUGGCUGAUGGGAGAGGGCAAAGGAGAAGUUCACGUCGGCUUCGUUUUUUGGAUCAGCCCAGAAACGUCUCUACAUUCAGCUUUCAGCUCGGAGAAAAUGAAGUGCGACGAGGACAAAAAGGGAGCCCUGAUUACAGCGCUGACCAUAGACGGAGAGUUUGUGGUGUGUGGAGACGUGGACGGAAACAUGUGGUUCAAUCAGCAGCCGGAUGUUUCCUCCUGGAGCGACAAAAGACCCGCUCACAGCGACAGAAUCACGGAGCUCAGACUCACCGGCAGAACCAUCAUCUCCGCCUCCUACGACCGAACGGUGAAGCUGUGGGACAGAAACACCAAGAAGCAGGUGGGAAUGUUUGUGUGUGAAGGUCCGGUUCUGUUUUUGGAGGUGGACCCGAGAAAGCCCCGAGAGCUGGUGUGCGCUGACGAACAGGGAAAACUUUACUUCCUCUGCUGGAGAGAGUAGCCCUCUCAGUACUUUACAAAUCCAGAAUGUAGUAAAUAUUCAGUGAUUUACCAAAGACUGUAA